AUGGCAGUGUGCAAGGAAGGGAUUGUCCCCCAGUUAAGCCUUCAGAUAAAAACUAUAGCCCCAACUGACAAAAUGAUUGUGAAAGACUUUGAAGCAGAGCUGAAGGAUCUUGCCGUCAACUCUGCUUUAUUUCCCAUGUGCAUCAUAAUUCACCUCGAGAUUCAGGCUCCCACCGCUCAAAAAGGAGCUCACACUUUGCUCCUGACAUGCCAUUCAGAGCACAAGCUUGACAGCUUGGCAUACAAAUUAAGUGUUCAUAGGCAAAUCUACUACCUGAAAAUCUUUACUCUGCAGGCAGAAAGGAUCGGGUUUCUGCCACUGAAAAUCACAAAAGGCAAAACCGACGAGCAGAGACCUACGGACACACACGGGUCGCCCACCUCCCAAGGUGUUCACUUACUCUACACGUCGGCGGGCAGCUGCGCGCCCCUCGGGCGUCUGGACGGCGGCGGGGACCGAGCAGGCAUCCGGCGCUCCUGCAGCUCCCGGGCCGGCGCUGCCCCGCGGUGGGUCGACGUCUGGGCGGGCGGCGAACUGAGGCCCGGGCCAAAGCUGAGUGCGGUCCAGCUGCAAGGGCAGCGGCGCCACCUUCUCACCAGCGGCCGGCUCAGUCAAGUGGCAGCAUUUGGAGGACGGGGUGUCCUUCGGUCGCGCUCCGGGCUCCUCCUCCCGCCGCCGCGCCCGCCGCGCCCGUCGCGCGCUCCUGGCGGGUUCGCGCCCCGCACCCUGCCGACCGGCCCCGCAGGUGGCGGCCGAGGGCGCUCGGCUCCAGGGCGCGCCCUCCGUGGGCCGCACUCAAGUGAGAGGAGGUGCUGGUGUCUGGGCGGGGGCCUGCCGUGGAGUGAACCGGUGCUCGCGGCCCCCGCGCGGAGCCCAUGUGCCGGUGAACUCGCGGCAGCCUCACCGAGGCCUUCCCAUCUAGGGGUUCCAGCGCCCGGGUCCACGCUUAGCAGCCAAACCCGCUUUGACCUAAAACUCCACGCGGUUCAGACGUCUGGCCAAGACGGAGAAAAAGCCAGGGGCAGCCGUCUCCUCUCUCUGCGGGUCUUCCCGGGCCGGUCCCUCACUAGGACCCCGGGUCUGGGGCAGUGCUCAAAGGCUGUGCCGCGAAAGGCAAGGCUUCGCUGGGGCUCCUGGGCGGCCAGGUGGGCUUACCAGGCACUUCGGAGGAACUUGGCCACAGAAGAUGCUUCUCCAAGCUCCUCCGAGAGACGGCCUGCUUCCAGCCUUAGGACAUCAAAAGGUCGCAGCACAGGUCUGGGGCCAGGCGGCAGUGACCCCAGCCCCGCCACGGUGCAGGCCUGGUACAUGGACGACUCGGCUGACAACCCGCCGUGGCUCCACCACGCGGAGCCUGUGCGCCCGGUCGGCCUGGAGCAGCUGCGCGGGCUCGGGGUCCUUUACUGGAAAUUGGAUGCUAACAAAUAUGAGAAUGAUCCACAAUUAGAAAAGAUCCGAAAAGAGAGAAACUGCUCCUGGAUGGACAUAAUAACCAUAGGCGGAGACAAACGACCAAAUUACGAAGAAAAGAUUAAGAUGAUUUACAAGGAGCAUUUACAUCUGGAUGACAAGAUUCGCGUCAUCUUGGAUGGCAGUGGGUACUUUGACGUGAGAGAUAAAGAGGACAGGUGGAUCCGGACCAUCAUGGAGAAAGGAGACAUGAUCACUCUCCCUGCCGGAAUUUACCACCGUUUCACACUGGACGAGAAGAAAUACGAGAAGGCCACGAGGCUGUUUGUGGGAGACCCGGUGUGGAUGGCAUACAACCGGCCGGCUGACAACUUCGAGGCCCGGAGGCAGAACCUGGAAUUGCUGGCGCAGACAGCCUAG